CACAUCAACACCAGCUCCCCCCAUUCGAUUGCCUAUCCACACAACAGGCCAUAUACGCCAGCGCUAUCGAUUUCAGUCGCAAUCGCAAUACCACCCAACUGAACUCGGCGCACAGCCCGCCCCCGUCGUCACCAUGGCGUCCUCAUCCAGCAGCUCCACGCAGCUCCUCUACGCCGGCAUAGCCCACGGCACCAAAAUCCUCGCGGAGCACACCGCCCGUCCCUCGUCAAACACGUCCUCCCUUCUCUCCGUCAUCCUGCCCAAACUCUCUCACGCAGCCGCCGAACACAAAACCCUCGACGUAGACCCCUACUUCGCGCACUACCACACUUUAUCUCCCAGCUCUCUGCCCGCGGCCCAGCACUCUGCCGGCGGCUUGACGUUCCUCGUGGUCGCGGAAAAGCAGCUGGGCCAGCGCAUCCCAUUCGGCUUUCUCGCUACCUUGGAAAAGAAGUUCUUCGAAGUCUUCGAUGCCGAGUCCACAGACUUCGCUGCCCUGCCCUCUUACGGCUGCGCCUCGUUCAAUGCGACGAUGAAAUCCCUCAUGAUCGAGCAAGGCGGCACCAAAGCGGGCAAGGACGACGCGCUGCGCACCGCCCAGCGCGAGAUCGAGGGCGUGCGGGAGAUCAUGACAGAAAACAUCGAGCGCGUGCUAGAUCGCGGGGAGCGCUUGGAUUUGCUGGUGGACAAGACGGGCCGGCUGGGCGACACGGCGCGGGAUUUCCGCGUGCGGAGUCGCGGGCUGAGGCGCAGAAUGUGGUGGAAGAAUGUCAAGCUGAUGGUGCUGUUGGUGCUGGUUGUGAUCUUCCUCAUAUACCUGUUUGUCGGGUUUGGGUGUGGGUUGCCAGCCUGGGGAAGAUGUCUGAGGAGGUAGGUGCGGUUGGUGGACAGCCAGACAAGGAGGAAGAUGGCAGAAGGAGUCAUGCAAGAAACAGAACAGGCCAAGGGCCUGCGAUUUGAUGGCCGGUUGUAUACAUGUCCUUUUUUCUUUUUCCCUCACGAUGCAGUGGAGACAUGACCAAGCUUCUGCAUACACAUUGUACUAUACCACUACUCAGGCGUAAUUCUUAACCAAAGUUCUUCGA